AUGCAACAGCAGAGAAAAGCCUCGCAGCGGGUGCAGCCGGAGCCCGGGAAGCUUUACUCUCGAAUGUGGGGACGAUCCACGCAGACGGAAGCCAAGUUCUCUGAGGAAGAAGGAGGUCCUCCAUCAGAGAAAGGUCAGAGGGCGCAGGCCCAGGAACAUGCCCAAGAUGCCCUCUCAAGUGGCAGUGAAGAGACGGUGUCGAGCCAUCACCUUUGCAGAGGAGUGGAAACGGCUACUCCACCUCUGGUCCAGUUUCCCUUUUCCUUUGAGGAGGUGGCUGUGUAUUUCACCCUGUCUGAGUGGGCCCUGCUGGAUCCGGGCCAAAGAGCUCUUUACAGGGAAGUCAUGCUGGAGAACUAUGGGAACAUGUCCUUUCUGGCAGGGGACGAUCAAAGGAAUGAGGAGGGUGAGGAACUGCAUCCUCUAUUGCCGGAUGAAGCCAAGAAUGAAGACUUGAGAGGCAACUUCCAAAAUCAAGGUGGACCAAAGAGAAAGAAAAGAAGCCACAUGGCCAAGAAGAGGGGUCAACCCAUUCCUUGCCAAGUGGAGGAUUUCCAAGAACUAAUUUGCAUGGUGAAGGAAACAUGCAAGUGCUUGGCUUGUGGAAUGAACUCAGAUCAAUCCCAGUAUAAUGACUACAUACGAAUCCAUAGUGGAGAGGAGGCCCAUCAACGGCUGGCAUGUGGAAAGAUAAUGACUUGCAGAGGAGAGCUCCAUGGACAUCAAAGAAUACAUACUGGAAAGAAAUCUUACAACUGCUCAGACUGUGGGAAGAGCUACUCAGAGAGAUUAGACCUUGUUCGACACCAAAGGAUUCACUCAGGAGAGAAACUGUUUAUGUUUUCAGAGUCUGGAAUGGCGUUUUCUGAGGGAGGAAAACGUAAUAGCUGUUUUCCAAAGCAGAGAACAAUGAAGGCAUAUAAAUGCUUCCAGUGCAGAAAGUACUUCAGAUACAGAUCACAGCUCUUUCUGCAUAAAAGAAUCCACACAGGUGAAAACCCUUUGGAAUAUUCAGAGUGUGGGAAAAGAUUCAGUAAGAGCAGCAAUCUUAAAAAACAUCUAAAAACCCACACUGGGGAAAAGCCCUUUGAAUGUUCAGAGUGUGGGAAGAGAUUCAGUCAGAAGGGCAAUCUUCAAAAGCAUCUAAGAACUCAAACAGGAGAGAAAUCUUUUGAAUGCUCAGAGUGUGGGAAGAGAAUCAGACAGAAUGGCGAUCUUCAGAAACAUCUACAAACCCCCACAAGGGAGAAGCCUUUUGAAUGUUCAAAGUGUGGGAAGAGAUUCAGUUAUAGUGGCACUCUUCAAAGACAUCUAAGAACACACACAGGGGAGAAGCCUUUUGAAUGCUCCGAGUGUGGGAAGAGAUUCAGUCACAAAGGCAAACUUCAGAAACAUAUAAGAACCCACACAGGGGAGAAACCUUUUGUAUGCUUAGAGUGUGGGAAGAGAUUUAGUCAGAAAGGCAAUCUUCAAGAACAUCUAAAAACCCACACUGGGGAGAAACCCUUGGUAUGUUCAGAGUGUGGGAAGAGAUUUAGUCGUAGUGGUGAACUUCAAAAGCAUCUAAGAACUCACACAGGAGAGAAGCCUUUUGAAUGUUCAGAGUGUGGGAAGAGAUUCACUCAGAAUGGCGAUCUUCAGAAACAUCUACAAACCCACACAGGGGAACAGCCUUUUGAAUGCUCAAAGUGUGGGAAGAGAUUCAGUCAUAGUGGCAGUCUUCAAAAACAUCUAAGAACACACACAGGUGAGAAGCCUUUUGAAUGCUCAGAGUGUGGAAAGAGAUUCAGUCACAAAGGCAAUCUUCAGGAACAUCUGAGAACCCACACAGGGGAGAAGCCUUUUGAAUGCUCAGAGUGUGGGAAGAGAUUCAGUCAGAAAGGCCAUCUUCAAAGACAUAUGAGAACCCACACAGGGGAGAAGCAUUUUGAAUGCUCAGAGUUUGGGAAGAGAUUCAGUCAAAAAGGCAGAUUUCAAGAACAUACAAGAACCCACACUGGGGAAAAGCCCUUUGACUGCUCAGAGUGUGGGAAGAGAUUCACUCAGAAUGACGGUCUUCAGAAACAUCUACGAACCCACACUGGGGAGAAGCCUUUUGAAUGCUCAGAGUGUGGAAAGAGAUUCAGUCAGAAAGGCCACCUUCAAAGACAUAUGAGAACACACACAGGGGAGAAGCCUUUUGAAUGCUCCGAGUGUGGGAAGAGAUUCAGUCACAAAGGCAAUCUUCAGGAACAUAUGAGAACCCACACAGGGGAGAAACCUUUUGAAUGCUCAGAAUGUGGGAAGAGAUUCGGUCACAAAGGCAAUCUUCAGAAACAUAUGAGAACCCACACUGGGGAGAAACCUUUUGAAUGCUCAGAGUGUGGGAAGAGAUUCAGUCGGAAAGACAAUCUUCAAGAACAUAUGAGGACCCACAUGGGGGAGAAGCCUUUUGAAUGCUCAGAGUGUGGGAAGAGAUUAAGUCAUAGUGGCAGUCUUCAAGGACAUCUAAGAACACACACAAGGGAGAAGACUUUUGAAUGCUCAGAGUUUGGGAGGAGAUUCAGUGUAAGUAGCAAUCUUCAGGAACAUCUAAGAACCCACACAGGGGAGAAGCUUUUUGUAUGCUAA